AUGUCAGCGGUCUACUCUCGCAGAGCCUCGAAGCUGCUUCUCCUGGCCUGCAUGGUCGGACUGGCCGUCUCAAAGAUGAGCAAGCCGUCCUGGUGGAUGAGCAAGCAGGUGAUGUUCUGGACCUUUACCACUGGCGAUAAGGGUUGCGCUACGGUCGAUGCAGCAGCGACAUGCUGGAGCGACAAAUGCAACAAUCUGGCGGGCUCAGUCGACUUCAACUUCUUCGAUGCUACGUACGACAACAAACGAAUGCGAGACACUCCCCACGCUUGGGCUGUGUGUGCCCAGGAUGCCAGUGCGGACUUUACUGCGCAGUUGGUCUGGGAAAAGCGAUGCAAGGACGCUCCAGGUGCUAUGAUUGCUCUGUGCUAUGGUGGCCAGACAUCUAGCGGUACCGCUAUAAGCCGCUUGCAGGGUGACCUGGAGGAGGCAGAAAGGGACCAAAAGGCAGAGCUGGUUUUGCCAUUCUUUGGCCAUGCCAUGCUGGAGCUCAGUGUGCAGGCAGAGGUGAUGGAUCUGAUCGUGCUCAUGGGGGUCAAAGAGAUCAACCCCAAGUACAAUGAUCCGGAGCGCUGCUUGCUGGAGCCACUCAGCAUUUGCUGCUGCGGCGUCAACAACUUGGCCAACACCCAACGAGGGUCCAGAGCCCAGGCGCUGCGCAGAGCGGAUGAUCAGGAUGGGCGUUUGCGCCCUCAGUCAACGGGACUUGUGCAGCGCAUUGAUCUGCUUAGCAGUACAAGUGUUGGUGGCUAUGCAAGCGUCUUUACCGGCCUUGUCGAUUUGCUGCAGCGCAAGGUGCGCCUUGUCCUUCUCAAGAAGGCCGCUGUUGGUGAGUACAACCAAAAUGCGCAAAGAGCAUGGCUUGAAAAGGGUUUGACUGCCGUUGGUGCAAAGGUGAAUGCUUUCGACAUUGUUGUGCAAUCACCUGGCGUCAUCAGCAGCACGUCUAUUUUGGCAUGGCUGAAGCAGCAGCAGCAGCAGCUUCCCACAGUUGUUGUUGCUUUUGGUGCAGCAUUGUACUAUGUCUUGCGGUACCAUGUGGAGCAUCAUCUCAAAGGUAUGAUAUCCUUGGAACCAUCCUUUGCUACCUUUGGUAGAGCACUGGCGUGCACCAAUCCCUCUGAAGACCGUUUGCACCCCGCAAAUGCGGUGCCAGAUGCGUUGCGGAUCGAGUUGCCAAAGCGCAAUGUGCCGCAUACUCCUCUGAUCACGACUCUGCCCUUGAUCUCUUCUUUGAGGGGUGAGGCAGAGCGUGCCGUAUUGAUCAGAGUUGUUCGCAGCAUUCUUGUGGCUGUCUUGCUGGCAAUAGAAGCCGAGGGCCCCUCCAGCACCACAGGAGUAGAGGCUGCAAAACGUGCUCGCUACCUUUUUGAUGAAGGUCAGGUAAAGGUGGAGGCAAAUGGCAAAGCAGAGAAGGUCAAAGUGCAAGAAGUCAAUGCACUGGGCACAUGUGCAAUGCUUUAUCUGCAAGGCUACAUCUUGCACUCUUGCCUUCUUGACCUUGAUGCAGGAGCAUUGGAAUUGAAAGACGUCACUCGCUCGCACGUUGUCGUUGCACAUCCAUCCAUACUCUCGAAGAGUUUCCACCUGGCAAUCUCUCUGUUAUCCACCCUGCUCUCCGCCUUGAUCUCUGUCUUGCCCACAAUCCUACCCUCAAAGUGUGUGACAUCUGUCGCAAUGGACACUGCUGCUGUCAAUUGGCUGUACGUGGUCAAGCAGGGUGAAGACUGGCAGGUCAGGAGGGAGCAGGAUCUCAAGGUUGGAGAUCUCUGCAUGACUUUGACUGGCACGAUUGCUCCAGUUGUGUCCAUCAGGGCUGGACACGCCAGCGCUUGUGUUGUAGCAACAACCAGCAACGGGACCAAAAGAACUUUUUACGAAGAUGAGAUGGUGCGCCUGCAGGGAGGCAACGGUGGUGGAGCGCGCAGAACUUCUCGAAUCCUUCCAAAAGCGAUGGAGGACCAGCACAGGACACCGGAGCGCGGCGGCACACUGCGUGCCCCCGCAAGCCCAUCUGUGGCACCCGGAUCGAGCCAACGCCCGCCCUCGACAAUGCCACCACCAUCGAUGCCGCUGCCCAGCUCCACGAUCGUCUCGACGCAUCCGCUGCCCAGCUCAACGAUGACGCACAUCUCGACAGAAUCACCCAGCACCACCCAGGCCCCUCUGGAGAGCGUGCAGCCGGGCAUCUUGCCUGAUUGCGAGGAGGCAGAAAAGUGGGCAGGUCAAACGGGUCCAGGUGCAGUUGCCAGCACCAUCGUCUGCUCCUCGCUUCGGAUUGCCCACUGGGCUGCCAUUUGCUAUGCUGGCUUUCAAGCUGGCCUCAAGCAGUCCGAAGUGCGGGAGAUGACUGUGCCUAAGCACGGUUCGCUGGAGGCCAUCAUGGACGCCAAGGAUGAGCGCACGGGCACAGCAGACUUGCCUUGCUUGGCCACUCUGGAGAUCACGCCAGAUGGCCAUGCUCAUCCUAGCCUGGAAGUGCAAUGGCCUUGCCUUGCUCAAAGGAGGCGCGGCAGCAGCAGCAGCAAUCAGCAAGGCGUUGCCAGCUCAUGCGAUGGAGGUCUCGGCGCAGCAACUGGAAGACCACACUGGCCGUCAGCUACCCAGGGUACAGCCAGUGGACUCUCUUGGGAAGGCAGCAUCACCACGCCCGACGAGGAGGUCGCUACCUUUUUGCUGGGCUUGGGUCUACCGAGCAAGCUCUACAACCCUGGAGCAGACAGUCACUGUGGCUUCCGAGGCGUCGCAAGGGCAGUCUUUGGCCAGGAGGAUUUGUACAUGCUGGUUAGACAAUGCUGUUGCCAAGUUGUACUGGAGCUGCCCAAGCUCUGGCAGAACAUGUACGCCUCCUUGCUCGACAACCGUUCGGACGACACUUGCCAGCUGCUGUGGAGGCAGAAGCCUUGCCAGAGCAACAACGAUCAGUGGGGCUGGUUCGAGGCGCACAGCCAUGCUCUGCUUGUGGCUGCUGCCUUUGAUAGCCUUGUCGUGACAAUCUUGCCUCCUGUUGCCUUACCUCCGCCUCCCGCCACCCGUGCUGCCCCCUCUGCAGCAUUGAACAGCUCCUCCAUCAAGAUCAACAUGGUCCAGGAAGCUCAGCCUUGCACCAUCAUGGAGAGGAUGGCCUACCUCUCCUGGCCACUCAUGGUGCGGACUUUGAUCAGCAACAGGGUCAUUUGCCUUGUCCUCAUUGGCAACCACUUUAUGCUGGCAGAGGGCUGGUGGGGUUUCUUGCUGGAUUCCUUCUUGGAGAAUCCCUUGGCUGCCUUCAUGACUGCACAUGCAGAGUCUUUGACACAAGCUGUGCCAUUGGUCAUGAGAGCAAAGGUGGCCCAAUAA